AUGGCGCCGAUGCCUGGAGUUCAUUCCCUGGAAGGGUUCAGUAUGAUUGGCCCUGGGAUGUAUCUUCGGGAUAACGGUGAGAAAGACCAGGGCUCGGACACUACGUCACCAAACGUCAUUUUGAUGUUCGGAUGGAUGGGUGCACAACUGAGGUACUUGCGGAAUUAUACCCAUGCAUAUACCGAAUUAUAUCCAAACGCGUCUCAAAUCGUUGUUCGGUGCAACCCUGACGUAAUAUGGAGUAAAAUCAGUACCAUACGUCUCACGCCUGUUAUUGAUGCAUUGGAGGCAUUGCAUUGUUUGCCAUCUUCUAAAUCCCCUGCACAAAGGCGUCCCCAAAUACUAACCCACGUGUUUUCCGGUGGAGGCUGCCUGCAAAUGACAUAUUUUGGUCACAUGCUACAGCAGAAAUAUGGUUCUGUAUCUGCCCAAUGGUCACUCACGAGCGCAUUGAUCCUGGACUCAUGCCCAACAAUUGUCAACUUCAAUACGAUCAAACUCGCGUUCAGCGCUAUGGUCCAGAACCCAAUUAUCAGACCCAUCGUACUCACCUUCAUAUCCACGGUGUACUUCAUCCGCUUCUGCCUAUCUCUCCUGUUUGGUAAGCGAAUGAUGUUGAUUUCAGACAUCUACGCCGACAUGCAGAAUCCCCGCGUCCUGCCAUGGAUGGGCCUCCACACUCCCCGCCUCUACAUUUUCUCGCGCAAGGAUAGAUCAAGUCCGUGGCAAGAGGUCGUGCACCAUGCCAAGACAGUAAAGGAACUCGGAAUGGAUGUUCGGUGUGAGCAAUUUGAAGAGAGCGACCAUGUGACGCACAUGCGGGUCGAGCCAGAGAGGUAUUGGUCCUUGGUACAAGAGGUUUGGGUGAUUGCAAUCUCCAAGGAGAAAGACGAGCAGAGAAUAUCGCAAACUACGCCAGCUCAAUGGCGUCGCAGCUUCCUUUAGCAGUAGCAGUAGUCUGCAUUCAUGGUUGCCUGCCACGUCCGUUUAUUAUGUAUGACUUCCUAUAGUUCAAACGCAGUGACCUGGGCCGCGAGAUCAUCUUUGGGAAAUUCUUGCAAGUGUUCAGAGGGAAGGUUGGAAUCCUUCGAGACUGAGCAUCUUCCAGGGUCUCCGAGUAUGAACCAGGGUAGCCGCCAGAUCCGACAAUACGUGCCAUCAUGAUAGUAUGAGUGCCACUUUGACUGGCAUUGGAUGUUGCUGUUUCAAGUUGAUGCUCUCGUCCAUGCUAGCGCGGCGGCGUUGAUAUGUUUCGUUCGGUCGACUGGCAAUGGGCAGUGCUAUGUAAAUGUAAGUGAUAGUAGUAGAUAUC